AGAUCCGGAGGGGCGCUCUCUCCUUUUCUCUUCCUCCUCCUUUACCUCUUUUAUGCCCAAAAUUUUGGGAGAGGAGAGAGGAUUUAGCAGGGCUUGAGCUCCCUCCUCGUGGAUCCGCCGCUGGUUUUUGACCUUUUUACAUUCUCAGAUAUACAGAUCUGACUGAUACUUUCUAAAAAAAGGUUGCAUCACUAGAAUUUAUAGAAAUUAUUGCUCUGAAAGAAAAAAACUAAAUAAUAAAUCUAACGAUGUGGUUGUGUGCACCCAACUUUAAUGAUUUUGAACAUGUUGAUGUUCAAAUUUUGAAAUGUUUAACGGGUACGGGAAAAAGAAACAGAGCCACCGAGGCACUACUCUCUUGCUGCUUGCUGCUUACUCCGCUGCUCUCCUACUUGCAGGUGGACGCGUUCGCAGCGGAGCCGUUCAAGGGCAACCCGGCCGCGGUGUGCCUCCUCGAGGACGCCGCCAAGGCUGCAGACGAGCGAUGGAUGCAGUCCGUCGCCGCCGAGUUCAACGUCUCCCAGACCGCCUUCCUCCUCCGGGACCCCGCCGCCGUCCCACGGUUCCGGCUCCGAUGGUUCGCCCCCUUCACCGAGGUCAACCUCUGCGGGCACGCGACGCUGGCCUCAGCGCACUUCCUCUUCACGUCCGUCCUCGCGAAGCACGAGGCGCUCAUCGAGUUCGUGACCAAGUCGGGGAUUCUCACCGCCAAGAAGGUCCCAGCGCCGGCGAGCACGGGCGCCUCAGGUGAGGGGAAGCUGUUCAUCGAGCUGGACCUCCCCACGAUUGAUUUUGUGGAGUGCGACAACGCUGAGCUGCCGUCCCUCCCCGAGACACUGAACGGGGUUCCCGUCGUCAGCGUUCACAAGUCAGCGACCGUCGGUGACCUCAUUGUGGAACUUUCCUCAGGAAAAGAGGUCGCCGAUAUCAUUCCUAACAUCCAAGAAAUUAAAAAGUGUUACGGCAGAGGAGUUAUUUUUACCGGACCAGCACCUGAUGGAUCUGGUUAUGACUUCUUCACACGUUUCUUCUGCCCAAAAUUUAACAUAGAUGAGGAUCCUGUUUGUGGUAGUGCACACUGUGUUUUGGCACCCUACUGGGCUGGGAAGCUGGGGAAACGAAAACUGACUGCGUUUCAAGCAUCUCCAAGGAGCGGGUCACUAUACCUGGAGUUGGAAGCUGCAGGCAGGAGAGUUCGAAUUCAGGGAGAGGCUGUCACUGUGAUGACUGGUACCCUCGUAGCUUAGCAUCUCCCCAUGUGUGCUCCAAAAUCUGAAGGACAAGGAUCGAUGAACCUGCAGGCA